AUGUCUCGAGACUCGCGGCGGGGGUCGUUGCAGCCGCCUUCGCUCUACCAGAUGCAUGCCACCGCAUCACGUUCCGACACGCUUACCACCUUUGACGACUUUACCGUCCCUCCGGCCCCAAGCUCGGUCGGUGAACCUAAAGGCAUAGACCUCGUACAGGGCGGCUUCAGCGGGCUGUAUAGUCGCCUCAGAGCGUCAGUGGGCGGCGUCAGGGAACAAUCUCAAGAUGGCCGGAGUACAACUUCACCGGCGUCUAAGUCUGCGGCAGUCCACCGUAGCCCAGGAGGACCUUCCAUAUCUUCGCCUGUAGCCACGUCUAGGCCGUCCUCGAGCAUGCAGUCACCAGCAACGGCCACCUUUCCCGACGCACUGCCUCCCUCUCGCGACUCCAACAUGUCCAGUACCACACUGUCAAGCAAAGCUUCGCUAAACGCAUCCAAAGCUUCCCUGGGUACCACGCGCUCCCGACCCUCAAUAACCCCAAGUGUGGACACUGCACAUGCAGCCAAACACGACGACUCCUCCAUCUUGAGCCCUGUGAGCGUCCACUCCAGGCACCAGAGCAUCUCCAACGUAGACCUGCCGAGGAGCAACACACCGCGAGAUCCUACACUAGGAAGCCAGAGGCUGAACUCUCCACAUUUUCCUCCGAGCCGAGACAGCGCUGCCCGAAAACGGAAGGGCGACUUUGACCUUGUCGGUCAGGAAAGUGACGAUACGGAUGAAGACGACAUGGUUCUUGUGAAAGGCGAGGGUCAAGCGAGUGACGGCGCCAAUUUCAAGGCUACGUCAGACACACCACGUGAAAGUCUGAGCAGGGUCAGUUCCCGAGCCGAUAGCCAGUAUCAACCUGCUCGUUCUGCGCCGAAUAAGGCGAGGGAACAGACUGAAAAGUCUCCAGAAAGAAUCUCACUCAGUCGCGCUGCUGAUUCUCAGGCUACUAUACACGCACCUGAGCCACAACGGCCUCCCAUGCUUCACGUCGGUCCUUCGCACCUGCCAGGCUACCGGCCUUCGCGAGCCUCUUCUUCCGAUGGUCUAAGUUCUGUCGUCACAACUUCCACAAUACGCACUCCUGCUGUGGCUCCCAUCGACGAGAUACAACGACAGGCCCAAGCUGCGCCUGCUGUACACAACAUGUCGCGUAGCACUUUCACUCAAAUGCGACGGAAGAUCCUAGAUCGCGAAUUCUGGAUGCGCGAUGAGAAUGCUAAAGCAUGUUUUAGCUGUGGUGAUGCUUUUACUACCUUCAGACGUAAGCAUCACUGUCGUACAUGUGGGCAAAUUUUCGACUCCAAGUGCACGUCCAUUGUGUCAGGCAAGAUAUUCGGACAACAAAGCAAUCUGAAGGUCUGCAAACCAUGUGAAGGUAUCAUAUAUGGCCAUGACGACGAUUCUUCCGACUACACAGAUGACGGUGAUCAAACUUCCAUAUACGACAACGGUGACAGGGCCGAGUACUCGGAUGAUGACGAAGCUGACCAUGUUGAGAGUGAUCACACCAAGAUUGGAACACCUACCAUUAGCAUACCCAUGUCUCGGAAAGUGGGCAGUGAGAAGAAACGCCGUUCACACGUCAUAGAAGUCGGCCCUCAGACUUUAGCCCGUCCGAGUUCUUCACGGUCUUUGCGGUCGUUAGGUGGUAGACCCCGGUCGUCGAGCCACAAACGCCACCCUUCUAAACACCAGCACAUGCGCCAUGUCAAGCAUGACGAUCGCGCGCCCUUCCAUCAGUACCACGACAACUCGCGCAGCCAACCAAGUCUGUCAGCUUUUCAUCACGAUAACAUAAUUGACCCUGACCUUGCGCCCUUCAUGUCAGACGAGGGCUCAAGCGAAGAAGAUCACGCCAGCAUCUUCGCGACCCUGAGAGAAGACCCUGCUGCUAGCGCAAAUUUAGAUAACGAGAGAAGUGGCUUGGGCGGCCUGUUGGCUGCGAUGAGAAAGGGCAAGUCAAGAGCUGGUGACAGGAGCGUCAUAGGCGCCGGUCAUGCUCGAGAUGCGGAUAACAUUAGCAUCACAAGUCGCAACGGGAAUCGUCCGUCCCGACGAAGGAACCUGAGCGUAAGCAGUAUAACUCAUCGAGCCUCCCCGAGGCGGUCUAAGAGCAACACUCUGUUGAGACCGUAUACCGGCUACGGUGCUAGCGGGCCAGGAACGCCCCAACUCCAACCAUCUCCUUCGCCAACACCGCCAGGAGGGAGGAUCACUCGCAGCGCAUCGAUGCAAGGAAUGACGCCCAAAGUUGAGCUUAACAGGGCAAGCUUGGAUCAUGCGCGAAAGCUGCUGAUACAGAUGCUCAAUGAUGCCGGUGUUCCGCACGCGUCGAGUUGGGAGAAGGCCUUGAUCCCAAUUUUGCGCCAGUGCACAGACGAUGUCAACCCUGACGUAGACAGAGGCGACGACAUUGAUGUGAGGAACUACAUCAAACUCAAGAAGAUUCCAGGUGGCAAGCCAAAGGAUACGGCAUACAUCUCUGGGGUGGUUUUCACGAAGAACGUCGCCCUGCGAAGUAUGCCACGCAACAUACCUAAUCCAAGGAUUGCGAUCAUCACUUUUGCUAUCGAGUACGCGCGUCACCAAGCACAUUUCAUGAGUCUCGAGCCUGUCAUUGCGCAGGAGCGGGAGUAUCUCCGCAAUCUUGUCAGUCGUAUCGCAGCUCUCGAGCCUCAUGUCCUACUCGUACAGCGCAACGUGUCUGGUCUGGCACUCGAAUUUUUAGAGAAAGAAGGAAUUGCUGUGGUCUAUAACGUCAAGCCUACAGUUCUCAAUGCAGUAGCGCGAUGCACUAACUCGAAGAUGAUCUCUUCAGUGGAUAAGUUGGCGAUAGACCCGUCUCACCUUGGAUCCUGUGGCAGCUUUGACGUCAAAACUUACGUGCACAAGAAUGCGAGAAAGACUUACAUCUUUCUUUCUGGAUGCCAGAAAGAGCUUGGUUGUACGAUUGUCUUGCGAGGUGCUGAGAGCAAUGAUUUGGUCAGGCUCAAACGUGUCACUGAGUUUAUGACAUAUGUGGUGUACAACCUCAGGCUCGAGACUUGCCUGAUGCGUGACGAGUUUAUAGAUACACCGACGGCGUCCAUCACUGGUACUCUUGCCUCGAACCGUCAUGAUCAGGACAGCUUGCAAUCCCAAACCGGCACAAGUGAUCCCGCUUCUCAACAUACCAGCACGUUAUCCGACGUCAAUAAUCCACAGUCUAACGACGCUGCACCAUCGUACUACAGCGACAUGGUCGAAAACCACCGCACUAAGAUCCUCUCCUCUUCGCCUUUUGUCAAAUUCAUGCAACCUUACCUCCUCGAACAGGCUCGUCAGUAUGAAGCAAAGCUUGGUCAUCUAAAAAAGCUCAAAAACCAAUAUACUGCUGAUGAGAACGAUGAGAAGCCAGGAGAAAUUGGCCAAAAGUUCGAACUCGUGCAACCUGAGAUGGUUCACACUGUGGUGGAAAAGGCUUCGAAGCAAGUGCGGGAGUUCCUAUCUGCAGUGCAUGCAUCAGAGUACGACAAAGCGAUGCACCAAUACCUAACUCAAAAGCGACAAUGGGAGCAGUAUCUCUCAGGCAACACUGAUCUUUACGACCCAUUCAAUCACCAGAAGAUUGCCGUCCUAUACAGUGUUGUCAAUACUACAACAUCAACUCCUUGCAUUGGCCCGGAGAUUAUCGCACUUGGCUUCUAUCAAGAGCACGACUACGACGAUGGCUUCACACCUGACUGUACUCUAGGCCAAUACGUCGAAGAUCUAUGCACGUCAGCCGGCGUUGCUUGUGAAGUAGGUAACUGCGACCGAAGAAUGCUCGAUCAUUCCAGACAAUACGUGCAUGGUGAAGGUCAGAUGACGGUUAUCGUCCAAAAGCAUCCGGCAAAGAUAAAGGGAAUGUACCAGACCAUUCUCAUGUGGAGCUGUUGCAGGAUAUGUGGCCAGGAGACGCAAGCGUUCCCGAUGUCUGAAUGGAGUUGGAGAUAUUCCUUCGCGAAGUAUCUCGAAUUGACUUUCUGGAGUACCAAGCUGCACCCGCGAGCAGGCAUAUGUCCACACGACAUCCACAAGGAUCACGUCCGCUACUUUGGCUACAACAAUGUUGCUCUUCGCAUCCAGUACGAUCCCGUACCAAUGUACGAAGUUAUUGCACCCAAACCAAACGUGACCUGGAAGGUGGACAGCGACCUGAGAUUGAAGAACAGUCAGUAUUCGAUGAUCGAAGAGAAGUUGGACUGCUUCAUGGACUCACUUCGCGCCCGUAUUCAGGGAAUACACGUUGAGGAUGUCAUUCCAGAGAAGGUAGAUCUGUGUCGGAAGGAAGUUGAGAUACUUCUGAAGCGCGCAAACGAAGAACACGAGUGGUUGAAGGCCAAGCUUCAAGACAAGUACAUGAACUCCAAGUACUAUGAAAUCAUCCCCAUGAACCGCGCAAUUCGCGCGAUCCAGGAGAAGGCUAUUGCCUGGGAUGUGACGUUUUUGGAGUUUGAGCAGCAAUUCUUCCCGUCUGAGCGGGACAUUAGGAGGUACGCGAAUAUGCAACUGAAGAGAUUUCUGGAGCGCGACGAGUCCACGAGCUCGUUGGCGUCUGUCGAUGAAGGCACCGAAUCGGGUGCAGAUGAUUCAUAUAUCGAUGAGAAAGAUGAGUCAAUUGCUCUGUCGCCUAGGCCUUCUAACAUGUCGCCUGAGAUGGCGCGCGACAUGUUGAGCUCCGUCGUCAAAGAAGAGAGCGCAGCUAGCGACCAACCAGUCAAUGGAGAAGAGCAGACAUCUGAGCCUAGGACGCCUACUCCUCCCAAAACUAAUUUGGACUUACCAAUUCAAACCCCACGCGAGGCACUGGAGCGAGAGGACGUCCGUCAUUUGGAUUUGGCGGUGCCUUCCAACUACCCCGAAACUUCUACAAGUACUAGUGAAGAACUGACCAAAACUCCCACUGCUGCCUCCGAUCCAACCAAGUUCGAUGAGGGGUCGCCUACACCCACUAGCCUUCCCAAAGUCAACCCGAUCGACAAAUCGCUUGCGGAAGCUAUCGAAAACAUGCCUAGUAGUCCAUCUCCGCUGCCGUCAGCUUUGACUCCAACAGCAGAGAGCAAGAUACCGCGACUGGUCGAAACUGGUCGACGUGAGACACCAGCCAGGCCAACACCACUCGUUAGGACACAGUCCCAACCAGGAAAUAUCGCGAAGCAUCUGGGUCCUUUCCCAGGCUCGACCACUGUCAAUAACGGGCCUACUAGUCCAAAGCCGAACGCAAACGAUUCUUCGAAAGCUUUUGAGCGUAUGACUGAGCGACUUGGGCUGGGAUUGACCACGCCAAAACAAUCCAAGGCCUCAUCCCGAAUACCUCGUUCAAUUCCCUACAAGAGUCAGAACAAAGUAUCGAAGAUUGCACAACAUUUUGAACAACUAUCACGAGAGUUUCAAAACCAGCGUAUGCGUGAGCGGCGUAACGAUCGGGCCAGACAAGUGCGCGCGUUUCCACUUGCUUCUUCUAAACCGGUUGUUGAGGUAUACAAGAACGUACAUGACGCGGUUCAAGAAAAUGAGGAUUCUGAUGAAGAUAUACGUACUCCAACCCCUCCACGGGCAAGUCUAGACAAUAGCACACUUGGUGAUAGCACUCUUACGGAGCGUACUGACGAUACAACAACGGCCUCGCAGUCACCAGUCGAAGAGCGUCAUUCUCAGGACGCUAUGGCUCAACUUCCAAGCAGUGACGAGUCACCCAAGUCUCCAAGUCACUUUCCGUCAGAUACAGAGAACGACAUUAGUGAUACUGAGAUUACGCCCGAAGACAUCCCUCUGCCCGAAAGUCUCUCGGGAUCCAAGCUUCUGGAUUUGAGUGAUUCGCAGCUAGAGAAUUCCCUUGAGCUGCCCAAACACGAGAAGAACACCCUUCUCAAAAUCCUUACCAGCUUCUGGUCCGAACGCUCAGCAAGUGGAUGGACACCGCUUGAGUAUCCUUUCUCGCAGAUUGAACAUGUUUGGGAGAACUCCGACAUCAUUAUUCGAGAAGACGAGCCUAGCUCCAUCAUCGCAUUGGCGCUGUCGUGCCCAGAUUACGUUGCCAAGCGCCAGAAUUUUCGCGAUGACAACCCAGCGGGCAAUGGUGUGAUGGAGACGUUUGAAGAAUCAGUCGAACGUAAUCUCUUACAUGAGGAAAACCACAACAUCCGCUAUAGCUUCACGAAUCGCGGAGUCAAAGCGCACUGCAAGAUAUUCUACGCCCAGUCCUUUGAUGCCCUUCGCCGCAAAUGCGGUGUAGCAGAACGUUUUGUUGAGUCUCUAUCACGCUGUUCGAAGUGGGAUUCCAAGGGCGGGAAAUCCAAGUCGAUCUUUCUGAAGACGCUCGACGACCGCUUCGUCCUCAAGUCACUCUCUCCAGUUGAAGUGCAAGCCUUCUUCAAGUUUGGACCCAACUACUUUGCUUUCACGCAUCAAAAUCUCUUCAAGUCACUACCUAGUGUUAUUGCCAAGAUGUUCGGUCUUUUCCAAGUCCAGAUCAAGACACCCACAGGUCGAGACUUUGAUUGGUACAUGCUGGUCAUGGAGAAUCUGUUCUACGAUCGCGAGCCCAACCGCCGUUACGAUUUGAAGGGCAGCAUGCGCAACCGCAAAAUCCAAGCCACGGGCGAACGUGACGAAGUUCUUCUUGAUGAAAACCUUGUCGACAUCAUAUAUUCUGAAACACCUAUUUUCGUCCGUGAGCACACCAAGAAACUACUCAAAGCCAGUGUCUUCAACGACACGCUCUUCCUAUCGCAAAACAACGUCAUGGAUUACUCCCUCAUGGCAGGCUUCGACGACACCCAACGCGAGAUCAUCGUGGGUAUUAUUGAUUGUAUCCGUACUUAUACUUGGGACAAGAAGCUGGAGAGCUGGAUCAAGGACCGCGGCAAGAACAAACCUACCAUCACAUCACCUCGUGAUUAUCGUAAUAGGUUCAGGAUUGCUAUGGAGAAGUAUAUUCUCCAGGCGCCUAACUGCUGGCAUCAGUUUAGUGGCAGACUCGUUGGGCAGGGUGUUGAUGGACGGAGGGCGUUGGUUGAGGGAAGGAGCAGUAUGGAGGGUGGGCAUAAGAGAGGUGUUAGUGGUAGCAGCGCAGGAGGAGCGAGCACCGUGAGGGACAUGGGACGCACGCUAGCUUUUGGUGGAGAUGGCCGUAAUGCUCGGAGAGCUUAA